AUGAGCGGUCCCGACAAGAGCCUGCUCGACCGCCUAAGCGCGCUAAAGGGCGGCGGCAGCCCUGGGGUGUCAUUGGACCGAUCAUCAAAUGCCCUGAAUAUCUCUGUCACAGGCAUUGAGUCAGCAAAGCCGGCUUCGAGAGAAGAUGCGUUGGCGGCCAGGCUGCGGUCCUUGAGGAACACACCAGAGCGCGAGGACCAUCCACCUCCACAGCCGCGCACCGCAAAGGUCACGGUGGACUCACAUGGCGGUCAUCAGGAGACCACAGGCACCCGCGGGAAGCCCGCAGGUUUACCACCCGUUUCUUCGUCCUCCAACCGGUGGUUCCACCCAAAGGAAGCGGCGGUGGCUGCACCGCCUCAGUCAUCUUCGAGAUCGCCCACGCCGUCGACCGCGCCGGCCCCGACAGCGACUCACGCAAAAACGGGGGGUGACGACGUCGAUCCCCUCCUACAGACAGAUGAUCAAACCCUUGAAGACCUGCUCAACGACGAAGACCUCCUCGAUGAUUCUAGCCCACAAAGUCGGUGGCGUCCCGAACCCAAGGAUGAGUCCGCCAAAGUGAAUGCCCUUUUGGAAGAGCUCUCGAAGACUUCAGUGGCCCAGAAGGCGCGGUAUGAUGGAGAACGGGCACGCGAUGAUCACAGUGAUGAUGAGUCCGAUGGCGAGGAUAUGAGCCGCGAGGUGGAAAACUUGCUCUCCCAGGCUUUCGACGAAGUGGGGUUGAGCCCCCAGCCCGAGGAAGUGCCCGAACCGGACAGAAGUCCUGGCCAUGAGAGCCAAAAGGGCCCACGGGAGGCCCAUAAAGGUGACGGAGACGGCGAUGCCGGGCUCUCACUUCCAUCCGUACCAUCAACCCUUGCAGCGCCAACGGUAGGCGGCGACGGCGACGGCGACGGUGGCCUCUUGCUGCCCUCCGUUCCCUCUGGCACGCCACAGCACGACGCUGGGUCGGACUUUGAUAACGACAUUGCCGUUCGCAUGGCUGCCCUGAGUAGCCUGGGCUCCUCGUCGGAUGGCAUGGGGCUUCCCUCGGUCCCUACGUUCCAGCCAGCCGAUCGUGUGGUGAAGCGGCUGACCUCCAAAACGGGCUACACCGACGAAGACGCCGAAACAUGGUGUGUAGUGUGUCUAGAGGACGCUUCACUGCAGUGCCUGGGCUGUGAGGACGUCUAUUGCGCGAGGUGCUGGCAUGAGAUGCACCUUGGCCCCGCCGCGGCCUUCGACGACCGAACGCACAAGGCCGUCCGGUUCGUCAAACCCAAGAAGGAAAGUCAAAGGAGGGUCAUGCUAGGAGCGUCAUGA